AACGCGUCCACCCGGAAGUGGAGACACGGAUUCAGGUGGCACUAGCUGUUAGCGGGCUGUUGACGGUAUGGUUCCUCAGGGCCAGAGAUACCGUGUAUGACGGUAUUUUGUUAAUGCUACAUAGUAGGUCUGUUCAGUCAAAAUGGCGCUGCUGCGAAUGAGGAAUGCACAGGGAGCGAAUGCCACGGAGAUAGAGAAGAAAAUCAAAAGAGGUAAUGCGCUGCGGCAGGGAUCAGCAUGGAGGGGGUCCCGGGGCCUUGUGGCCUUGCUGCUGGUUGUUAUGUGCGUGUGCACUGCGGCUAUGUGGCUGUACAUGACCUCCCUGGACAGUGACGUCACAGAAACGCUAGUCCGCCAGGGUGAGCUGGUCUCCCCCCAGCCCAGAGUCUACACCGUCCAGUGCUCUGAGGACUACGACAACUACAAACGCUAUCCAGGAUGCACCCCUAAGAGGUGUGGUCGUGCGGUCACAGACGGCGUGGUGACGAGGGAGGAAGCUCAGGUCCUCAGGAGGUUGGCUGAGAGAGGGCUGGCGCUGGCUGGGUCAGAUGGAGGAGCUUCCAUACUGGACCUUCAUUCCGGAGCGUUGUCGAUGGGAAAACAGUUUGUCAACAUCUACAGGUAUUUUGGGGAUCAGAUCGGUGAUGUGUUCACACAAGAGGAUUUUGAGCUUUACAGAAACGUACGUGGGCGAAUCCAGGCAGUGAUUGCUGAGACGUUUGGUUUGGACUCGACACUGAUGUACCUCACCAAGCCCACGUUCUUCUCCAGAAUCAACAGCACGAUAGCGAAAACCCAACACGACGAGUACUGGCACGCACACAUAGAUAAGGUGACUUACGGCUCAUUUGACUACACCUCACUCCUGUACCUGUCUGACUACGGCGCUGACUUCACCGGAGGAAGAUUUAUCUUCAUGGACCAAAAUGGCAACCGGACAGUGGAACCUCGGGCAGGACGAGUCUCUUUCUUCUCUUCUGGCACGGAGAACCUCCACCGCGUGGAGAAGGUGGCGUGGGGCACGCGCUACGCCAUCACCGUGUCCUUUACCUGCGACCCCGCACACGCCAUCUCCGACCCCACCAUGCCCUGAGGCACCCACGGGCGACGGCGCUGCUCACUGGCUGGGACCAGCCCUGCAAAGAGGGCGACCAGAGGGGGAGAGAAACAAGAAAGGAAGAAGUGAGAUUUAACGCGUCACAUUGGUAUCCAGUCGCUGCACGGUCAAUAUCUGUCAUUGGUUUUCAUUUUCAAACACUGACUUGGUGCCUCGCACUGAUACUACAGAAAAAAAAAAGCACACGUGUUCACCCUCUCUUCUGUAGAGGUGUUUUCUUAUUUCUUACUUUGAACUUUUAUCCAAUUUUCUAGAGCAGAGUUUCUUUUUUCUUUUUUAUUGCACCAUCAUAAUUGCUAGAAUUAGGCAUUUAAUGGGUCCCCUACACAUUGCCACAGUCUGUUCCUUUUGAUCAUAAGGAGGAUGGCUCGAGCAGAGAUUGCCUCUCUACUGAAACCGUUUCAAAGAGGCCUGAGUGGGAUCGUGUGUCGUCUGUGUUGCGGUGUGUUUUUCAUUUUAAAGAGAUCUGCCCAUUUCUUGGUGAAUCUCCCACUAAAAUAACCUUUCAUCACAAAGUCCCCACUCAUACUGGCCCUCACCCGUGACCCAGGAGGUGUUUUCUUCUAAGAAGAACCCUCUCCUUGUCCGGGAGUGAUUGCUCUUUCUAGUAUCUUACCAAUUACUUCAGUGUGUUCGGUGAGGACGGUUUGAAAUAAAAUACUG